CGUCAUGCCUGGGGCCGCGCUGCCGGCGCUUUCUGCCCUCCUGCUGCCAUUGCUGGGCCUCGCUCCCACCGCCGCCGCGGACUGUCCUUCGUCCACCUGGGUUCACUUUCAAGACAGUUGUUACAUUUUUCUUCAAGAAGCCGUCAAAGUAGAGAGCAUAGAAGAUGUCAGAAAUCAGUGUACUGACCAUGGAGCAGACAUGAUAAGCAUACAUAAUGAAGAAGAAAAUGCUUUUAUACUGAAUACUUUGAAAAAGCAAUGGAAAGUCCAGGAUGAUGUCCUACUAGGAAUGUUUUAUGAUACAGAUGAUGCAUGUUUCAAGUGGUUUGAUAAAUCAAAUAUGACAUUUGAUAAGUGGACAAACCAAAAUGAUGCUGAGGAUCUAGUUGACACCUGUGCUUUUCUGCACACCAAGACAGGUGAAUGGAAAAAAGGAAACUGUGAAGUUUCUUCUGUAGAAGGAACACUUUGUAAAGCAGCUAUCCCAUAUGAAAAGAAAUAUUUAUCAGAUAACCAUAUUUUAAUAUCAGCUUUGGUGAUUGUUAGCACAGUAAUUCUGACAGUUCUGGGAGCAAUCAUAUGGUUCCUGUACAAAAGAAAUUCAGGUUAUGGUUUCACCACAGUUUUUUCAACUACAUCCCAAUCACCUUAUAAUGACGACUGUGUUUUGGUGGUUCCAGAAGAAAAUGAAUAUGCUGCUCAAUUUGACUAA